CGCGAAUAGGAUGUCCCACUAGCCAAGAUGGCGGACUAAGUUUGUUAUUUUCCGUGCGUAUCUAAAAUCUGGCCGUCGAUUUGAUCCAUGUGUACACUUGAUGUCUAUCAGAUAGCACGUGAAUAUCAAACAUGAAAGGAAGAUUCAGCACUGUUGAUUUGAGGGCCAUCCUCACGGAAAUCAAGGACAGUGUCCUGGGCAUGAGGGUCGCCAAUGUUUAUGAUAUCGACAACAAGACUUAUCUCAUCAAGCUGGUCAAAACUGAUGAGAAGAAGAUGCUCCUGCUUGAGUCAGGCACCCGCCUGUAUUCCACUUCUUUUGACUGGCCCAAGAACAUGAUGCCCUCUGGUUUCAGCAUGAAGCUGAGGAAACACCUGCGGACGAGGCGCCUGAUCAGUAUUCAGCAGCUGGGGUCAGACAGGAUUGUAGACAUGCAGUUUGGAGAGAAUGAGGCUGCGUACCACCUCAUCGUGGAACUCUACGAUAGGGGAAACCUGAUCCUGACAGACUAUGAGUACACCAUCCUGAACCUGCUCAGGACCAGGACUGAAGGGGAGGACGUCAGGUUCGCCGUAAGGGAAAAGUACCCACUGGAGCUGGCCAGGCCCCCACAGCCUCUCAUCAGCUUAGAAGGACUAAGGGAAGUGAUGGUUGAGGCAAAGUCUGGAGACAGCCUGAAGAAGAUCCUGAAUUCCAAGCUUGUGUAUGGACCUGCAGUCUUGGACCAUUGCCUGCUGAAUGCAGGCUUUCCUGAAGGUGCCAAGGUUGGGAAAGACUUCAAUGUCUCACAAGACCUGCCACAGCUCAUGGCAGCCUUGGUGGAAGCUGAGAAGUUUUUGGAAGCCUCAGGUUCACACCCCUGCCAGGGCUACAUUGUGCAAAAGAGAGAAAAGAAACCAAAACAAGAUGGAAACCCUGCAGAAGAGUUGCUAACGUAUGCUGAGUUCCAUCCCUUCCAGUUCAAACAACAUGAGAAGAGCCCAUGUGUAGAGUUUCCUUCCUUCAACAAGGCCGUGGAUGAGUUUUUCUCCCAGCUGGAGUCACAGCGGCUGGACCUGAAGGCACUACAGCAGGAGAGGGUCGCCAUCAAGAAACUGGAGAAUGUGAAGAAGGAUCACGAGCGCCGCCUAGAAACCUUGCAGAAAGUGCAGGAUGAGGACAAACGGAAAGCUCAGUUAAUUGAGCUGAACUUAGAUUUGGUAGACAAGGCCAUCCUGGUUGUCCGCAGUGCCAUAGCUAACCAGAUUGACUGGUCAGAGAUAUGGGAUAUUGUGAAGGAGGCUCAGGCACAGGGAGACCCUGUAGCCUCCACCAUCAAGUCACUCAAGCUGGACAGCAACCACAUCACUCUGCUCCUCAGGAACCCGUUCUCUGGUUAUGAGUCUGACAGUGAGGGGGAUGAGGAUGAGGCAGGGAUGGGGAGGGAAGUGUCCACUGACCGGCCCAUGAAGGUUGACAUCGACCUGGCACUGUCAGCUUAUGCUAAUGCCAAGAAGUAUUAUGAUCAAAAGAGACAUGCUGCAAAGAAGGAACAGAAAACAAUAGAUGCCUCUGAGAAGGCAGUGAAGAAUGCAGAAAGAAAGACAAAGGAAACACUGAAAGAGGUGUCCACAGUAACCAAGAUAAACAAGGCCAGAAAAACAUACUGGUUUGAGAAGUUCCUGUGGUUCAUCACGUCUGAGAACUACCUGGUGAUUGCCGGGCGGGACUCCCAGCAGAACGAACUCAUCGUCAAGAGACAUCUCAAGCCAGGUGACCUGUAUGUCCAUGCUGACCUGCAUGGAGCCACCAGCUGUGUCAUUCAGAACCAUACAAGUAGCUCAGUGCCACCCAAGAGUCUGAAUGAGGCUGGGACCUUUGCCAUCUGCCACAGUGCAGCAUGGGACGCCAAGGUGGUGACGAGUGCUUGGUAUGUGCACCAUGACCAGGUCUCUAAGACUGCCCCGACUGGAGAAUACCUGACCACAGGAAGCUUCAUGAUCAGAGGUAAGAAGAACUACCUGCCCCCAUCCCACUUGAUCCUGGGCUUUGGAUUCAUCUUCAAGGUUGAGGACUCUUGUAUCUGGAGACACAAAGAUGAGAGGAAAGUCCGUGUAGCAGAGGAAGAUGAGGAAUCAGUGGCAGACUCACAGGCAACUGAAGGUAACCCUGAGGUAGAUGUGCAGGAUGACGUCCAGAGUGGCAGCAGCGGCACAGAAUCUGGGGAAGAGGCAGCCCCAGAGGCUGCUGGGAAAGAGGGAAUACACCCAGGGGAUGAGGUGGAUCCAGAGGCUACUGUCACUGUAGUAGUAGAGGAGGAGGCAAAGAACAUUCAGGAAGAAGAGGAGGAGGCAGAAGAGGACAGUCUGUUCCCUGAUACAGGCCUCACCUUCCAGCAUGUGGGUGGUGGAAAGUUUGAGCUGCACAGAGCCCCUAGUGAGACAACAGAGGACGACACAAAGAUCUACCUGGGUGAUGAUGAGAUGUUAGAUCUCAACCAGUUAACUGGCAAUCCUCGUCAUCAUCUUUCUGCAAAACAAAGAAAAGAGCUGCGACGUAAGAAGAAGCAGACCCCCCACGGAGAUGAGGAGAGUGAGGAUACCCAGUACUUUGCAGACAGGUCAGGCCAGGAGGAGAACCAGGCUCCACAGCAGGGGGGGUUCACGGAGAAUGUGGAACAAAAGGACUCACAGCUCCCUCAACCCAAGAGAGGACAAAGGGCAAAACAAAAGAAGAUGAAGAAGAAGUACAGGGACCAGGAUGAGGAGGAGAGACAGAUGAGGAUGGAGCUUCUUAGGUCUGAGGGUAACCCAGAUAAGGAUGAUAAGAAGAAGAAAGGAAAGAAGAACAAGCAGAAGGAGCAGCAUCAGCAGAGACCACAGUCUGCACAACAAAGGAAACAAGGAAAGGAAGGACAGGCAUCUCAUGCAUUCAAGGAUUCUAUGGUCAUUCAUGAAGAUGAUGCCACCGUGCCAAUACAGGCCCAUGUGCAAGAAGGAGAAAUUCCCAAGGAAGAGCCAGAAUCAGAUGAAGAGAAGGAUGCCAUCCUGGCAGGGGAAAACAUCAAGCUUGUAGAGGCUGAGUCAGUUCUGGACACACUGACGGGCUGUCCACACCCGGAGGACAUCCUACUCUUUGCCAUUCCAGUUUGUGCUCCGUAUUCUGCCAUGAACAACUUCAAGUACAAGGUUAAGUUGGUCCCUGGUUCUAACAAGAAAGGAAAAGUGGCAAAGACAGCAUUGGGCAUGUUCACAUAUUCCAAGGAAGCUAGUUCUAUGGAAAAGGACCUCUUCAAAAGUGUGAAGGAUGCAGAUCUGUCCCGGGGCAUCCCUGGGAAAGUAAAGAUGUCAGCUGCCAACCUGAACCAGCUCAAACAGAAGAAGAGAUGACGAGUUCAGAACCAGCGUGUUGGAGGGCAGAACAGUUGCUGUCAGAACUAGUGUUUGGAAACAAAAGAUUGGAAAAAGUCUUUGUGUCAAACUUAAGCAAGUAACAAUAAGGUGCAAACUUGUCAAAUUUCAAAGUUCAGAAAAAAAAACAUUUAUCAAGAACAUCAGAAAGUAUAUCAAACAUCACAACUUUGCAUUUGCCAACACUUACAAUGUUAUUACUGGUGUAAGGCAAUUAAGCCCUGUAACAAUGCAACUGUCAAAUCUCAUUGUAAAUCAUACUCAUGUUUAUGAACUUAAACACUAUUAGACAGAGGCAUUGGUGAAGGUUACUCAUUCAGGGUAGUAAUAAUAAUAAGAAAGUAGUUUAGUCUUCUGAAACUAGAUGAAUUUUUAAUCAGUACACUUUUCAUUUUUACUUAUUAAAAAUCCAUCCAGUUUGAGAAGAAUAAACUACUUUAUUAUUAUUAUUAGACAGAUAACAUCUGAAUAGUUUUCUGUUACAAUAUGAAAAUACAGGACUUUGGCAGCCAUGUUCCACAAAGCGUGGUCAGAAACAGAUAAAAUGUAAAAGCUAUUGGACUCUAUAAAAGGACUGAAGGAAAUAACCCCAAUUUAUUGAUUAGUUCCACACAGUUAUUAUAUGCUGAACAGAUAUUUUCACACAGGAAUAUUAUAUAAAUAAAGCAAGCACAAAGUCUGUUGUGCCAUGGAAUCAUUUCA